AUGUCUCAAGCCCUAAUUAAGGGAUUGCGAAAGUACUGGUUGAAAGGUGAGAAAGCAGGGAGUUCGGAAGUAAUGGCCAUCCUGCCCGGAUUUCCUGACAAUGUCAGAACAAAUGAAAAAGGUGAAUUUUGGGUAGCUAUCCACUGUCGUCGGACCAUGUAUGCUUAUCUGAGCUCUUUGUACCCCAAAAUUCGGAAAUUCUUGCUGAAGCUCCCAAUUCCAGCCAAGAUUCAUUACCUGAUCCAUAUUGGGGGGCGGCCCCAUGCAGUAGUUGUAAAGUAUAGCCCAGAGGGUAAGCUUUUACAGAUAUUGGAAGACAGUCAAGGGAUAGUCGUAAAAGCAGUUAGCGAAGUGGAAGAAAAAGAUGGGAAGCUGUGGAUGGGUAGCGUCCUGAUGCCUUUUGUAGCAGUUUACCAAUUGGACUGA